CGAAGAACAUGGCCCAGGUGACCAAGGCUCUGGACAAGGCCCUGAGCUCCAUGGACCUGCAGAAGGUGUCGGCAGUGAUGGAUAAAUUCGAGCAGCAAGUGCAGAACCUGGAUGUCCACACGUCGGUCAUGGAGGACUCCAUGAGCUCGGCCACCACGCUGAGCACACCGCAGGAGCAGGUGGACAGCCUGAUCGUGCAGAUCGCCGAGGAGAACGGGCUGGAGAUCAUGGACCAGCUGAGCCAGCUGCCCGAGGGCGCCUCGGCCCUGGGGGAGAGCUCUGUGCGCUCCCAGGAGGACCAGCUGUCCCGGAGGCUGGCUGCCCUGAGGAACUGAGCUCUCCCUGGGGCUGUGGAUGGCACUGCUGGAGCAGGACCCCCUCCUGCAGCCCCCGUGCCUCUGGACUGUUCUGGGGGGGUGACAGCUCUUCCCUGAGCCCGCUGUGAUCCCGGUGGGAAUGUGGGAAUGCUGUGCUGGAUUCUGGGGGGCUUUGUCUGGGGGUGCUGCUGCUGGCAGGGCCCCACGCCCUGUCUGAGGGGAACACUGAGGGGAUUGAUUGAUCUCCCUGCUUAGGGAUGCUGCUCCCCAACCCCUCUGGCGUUC